UAUUAUUUCUCCGGGUGAAUUUGAUGCAAGCGAGAAUGAACAGUUUCGUAUUCAUUUUUGGUGCAAUAUUUGCCAGUUGUCUCGCAACACCAAUAGAAAUCGGUGCCAGAGCGAAGGAAGACGAUCUGGUUUAUGUCUACUACAGCAGAGAACUGUUCAAUGGGGUAUACACCACCACAACCGAAGAUCCAAAUUUAGAUAAAUUAAAAAGCGUUUUUCAAAUAAGAAAGCCUACUGUCAUUCUUUUCCAUGGCUGGAGAGAUGGAUAUGGAGCUGACUCAAAUACCUACGUCAGAAGCGCCAUUUUAUCGAAGCUUGAUGCGAACGUAAUCAAAGUCGAUUGGAGUGGACUUGCUGGAUUAAACUAUAUAUCAGCCAGAAAUGCAGUUCCUGGUGUAGGCAGACUUGUUGGCCGUUUUCUCAGACUCUUGUCUCAAAAGUUACGGUACUCAUUAGACGAUGUCACAGUUAUUGGUUUUUCAUUAGGGGCCCACGCUGCCGGAAAUGUUGGAAAGGAACUAGGCGGAGAUCUUGGACAAAUUAUCGGACUUGACCCUGCAGGACCGCUCAUCUCAGCUAGAGACAUUGAUUACAGUUUACAUCCAACGGAUGCUAAGUAUGUUACCGCUAUGCAUACUAAUGGAGAUGGUUUGGGCUUAAUGGCGGCAGUUGGACAUAGCGAUUUUUAUCCAAAUGGAGGACAAAGGCAACCAGGAUGUGGGGCGGAUCUUCUCGGUGGUUGUGCACAUAACAGGGCCUGGGAGUAUUUAGCAGAGUCCAUCACUGACAAUAAAUUCGUUGCCAGAAAGUGCAAUAGCUAUCGCGAUUUCCAGAGAGAUCGGUGCGAUCAGGGUUUCACUUUGAUGGGUGGUUUGUUGACUCUGGACAAAUCUGCUAGAGGCAACUACUACCUGGACACCAAUAGUGCCUCGCCAUAUGCGCGUGGUUUUCAAUAAUAUCAACAAAAUUUAUACUGCGUCUCGGAGACACUUGUAUUUUUUUCAAUAAAGGGUUUUAAAAUAUCUGUUGUUUGUUGG